AAGAGGAGGUUAUUGAAGUGGAGGAGAGGGUUAUUCUCAGACAAGAUUCCUGUCAGCUUCCCAGAAACGAGCCCAAACGAAUAGUAACAGGCAGUACAGGAGAAAGUCUGGAGGUGUGGCGUGAGUUGGAUCUUCAACGUGUUGAGCAGGAUUUGAGACGUGUGCAAUCCAAAGGCAUCAGAAGUCUAGCGGUGCUGCUACUGCAUUCUUACACAUGGGCGGCUCAUGAGAAGGCUGUGGGGUCUUUGGCAAAGCGUCUUGGUUUCACUCAGGUGUCUCUUUCCAGUGAGGUGAUGCCCAUGGUGCGAGCAGUGCCUCGUGGGUACACUGUUUGUACUGACGCCUACCUUACGCCGAAAAUACACCUAUACCUCACUGAAUUCACUGCAGGCUUUAAAGGAGGCUUGAAGGUCCCGUAAUUGGAUGACGUCGCGGCCAGUCAUCGGAGUCUCGCGACAUCCCGAGAACCAAUGAGACGCUAGUGGGCGCGUAUAAAGACCCGGAUGCGACACGAGCGCGGGAGAAGCGUUUGCUUUGUUUUGUUUGCUCUCCUGCGUUUGCUGUCGUGUUUUUGCUCUUGUUUAGUUUGAUUUGUUUAUUGUGUGUUUUCUUCACUUGAAACUGUGUUCAUCAUGCCCUACUACUGAUACUGUGAUUAUGGCGUGACUCGACUCUUGAUUUGUCAGAGUUUGUUCAAGUCCUUCUCCGAUACAUAGUGAUGGGACCAGGUUAGUAUGUCACGUGACUUACACCUCGCAACACGUAGAGUAAAGUUGUUUAAACACACUAGUUUAGGAGCGGGUGCCAAUUUAUGUAUUUAUGUUUGUUAGUUAGUGUAGAUAGCGGUGUUCUACACUGAAGAUGUUAUUUUCCUUGCUUUCUUUUGAUUAGUUUAGAAUUUGUUGGGGUUUAGUUAACUUGUUUUGUUUUAUUGAUUUUUUUUGUUUUAGCACCGCUCUCGUCCCUCGCUUUGUUAUCGUUUAUUUUACUUUUGUACAUAAUUUGUAAAUAGGUAUUUGUUUGUUUUGGAUGUAUGUUUGGUUCACUGCUUAUUGUAUCAUUGGUGUUUUGUUACAUUGAAUUAUUUUUCCCUUACUAAAAGCAACUACAAAUUUAGUUCUUCUCUGCCUGUUUCUUUACUACACACAUCACAUCUCCUUAAUAAAUGAGUCCAUUCUUUUAACAGCUUUUUAAUAGUUAAUCUUUUCUCAUGUUACGUCUCCAUAUCCUCUAGACGCCAGGGGGACGUAACAUAAUUGGGGGCUCGUCCCAAAGCGAUGCUGUCUCCUUUGUUAAGGAAUAAGGUGUGUGUGGUUACAGGCAGAAUUUUGUGUGAAUGCAGGUUGAGCAAAUUUGGUCUCGUGGCAUAUGUUGAUGAGUUUUGAUGGCGUUUAACUUGCAGAGCUUUGUUAAUAAUCCCUCAUUAGAGGUGAUUGAGAAGUGCAGAAAAGAUGAGUUGUUAAUUAUAGCUAACCACUUCCAAAUUGCGAUUCCAAAGCAAACUUUAAAAAAGAAAAUUAAAGCUGAAUUGAUUGACUGCUUAAUUGACUCUGGAGUGUUAAGCUUGCCGGUGGUAGACCGAGGGGCAGAUCUUGCGGGCAUGGAGCAGAAUGCUGGGAAGGUAGGUGAAGGUGAGGGCGAGUUAGUCACAGCGGAGGCGGAGGCUACCGUUGGGGCAACUCUUCCACCUUUUGAACCUUUUUCACCAGUCUCUCCCAGGUCAACAGGGGAGGCGCAGUUGAGAGUGCGGAUUGAACGGCUCCGUAUGGAAGCUCGAGAAAGAGCACAAUCCCGCCAAGCAGAACUAGAUCUGCGUCUACAGGUGCGCAAGCUCGAAAUUGAAGCCGAUAAGGAGGUUAAGCUUCGACAGUUGGACAUCGAGGCGGCGAAGGCUGCUGCGGUUUCCUCUGUUCCACAGAACUCUUCAUCGGUAAGUGACAAUUCAGCUAAUUCGACUUCAGCCACUUUUGAUGUUGGCAAACAUAUUGCCUUAGUGCCAAGUUUUCGUGAAACGGAAGUGGAUAGCUAUUUUAACGCUUUCGAAAGAAUUGCAACUUCUUUGGGUUGGCCAAAAGAGGUAUGGUCAUUGUUGUUGCAAUGUAAAUUAGCUGGGAAAGCUUUAGAAGUUUAUUCAACCUUGUCUUUAGAAGACAGUCUUAAGUAUGAGGUGGUUAAGCUAGCUGUACUUAAAGCUUAUGAAUUAGUCCCAGAGGCCUAUAGGCAGCAAUUUCGUACUCGUAGAAAAAACGCCAGUCAAACGUACGUCGAAUUUGCCCGAGACAAGGGAAUCCUUUUUGAUAGGUGGUGCGCUUCUAGUAAGGUGGAUGAUUUCACAUCGCUUAGAGAGCUUAUGCUACUAGAAGAUUUUAAACAGUGUCUUCCAGAGAGAAUGGUGCUGUAUUUGAAUGAACAGAAAGUAACAACUUUAUCUCAGGCAGCAGUGUUAGCGGAUGAGUUUGUGCUCACACACCGAAAUGUUUUUCAGCCAGCAAGCAUUGAAAAGUCCUUUUUUAGGGUGCCGACGAAAGUUCAGCAACCCAAGUUAAAUGGCGAGAAGCCCAAAGAAAUGCGGGAGUGUUUUUACUGUCAUAAGAAGGGACAUGUUAUAGCGGAUUGUUUGACUCUGAAGCGUAAGCAGCAGACCCAAACAAAAGAGGUUGCAUUUGUGAAUGCCAUUGAUCCGGGUGCACAUCUUGAACAGAUUCAAGGUGAGGUUGACAGUGUUUAUGUACCAUUUCUUUCUAAAGGUUACGUAUCAUUAUCAGGUAAGGAGGAAGAUCAGGUAGAAGUGCGGGUGUUAAGAGACACGGGCGCUGCCCAGUCAUUUGUGUGUGCAGAUGUUUUGCCUUUUUCAGAUCAGACAUCAGUUGGAUCUAAUAGACUCGUACAGAGUUUCAGCAUGGAGGUCAUGAGAGUCCCGGUUCAUCGUAUCCAUCUGCAGACAGACUUGGUGUCCGGUUUUGUGGAGGUAGGAGUACGCCCUGCUUUACCAGUGAAAGGGGUAUCCUUCAUUUUGGGUAACGAUUUGGCCGGAGGGAAGGUGGUACCUUCACUUGAGGUAGUUGAUACUCUGACAGAGCAUAGCUCUGAUGAUUUGGCACAGAAAUAUCCAAGUGCAUUUACUGCUUGCGUCAUCACACGUGCUCAAUCAAAGAAAGAUGGUGGUGUGUCUUUAUUUGACUCUUUCUUAUGUGCAGAUCAAGAGGCUGAGGGAAGUCUUGCAGAUGAGUCUCAUGUCAGUGAUCAGGGGAAUGAGGUUGUCGUAAGCGACCCAUUAAUAUUGACGGUAACUCGUGAAAAGCUAAUUGAAGCUCAGAAGAAUGAUAUUUCACUUGUGAAAUGUUUUAAACUGGCUGAGAAACCUGCACUUAACAAUGUCUCAUUUUUAGUGAGAGAUGGACUGCUGGUGCGGAAGUGGCAUAAAAAUAAUGCUGUCGAGGAUGAGUGGAACGUUGUUUAUCAGGUGGUGGUUCCUUCCAUUUUUCGUCAACAGGUAUUGUCGUUGGCGCACGAUCAUCUGCUCUCCGGACACUUAGGGGUGACGAAAACAUACAAUCGUGUUUUACAGCAUUUCUUUUGGUACGGUUUGAAGCGUGACGUUGUAAAGUACUGCAAGACUUGUCAUGUUUGCCAGUAUGCUGGAAAGCCAAACCAGGUGAUUCCACCAGCCCCUUUAAUUCCAAUUCCCGUCAUAGGCGAACCUUUUGAACAUGUGAUUGUGGAUUGUGUUGGUCCUUUGCCAAAGACCAAAUCUGGUAAUCAGUUUUUAUUGACUAUUAUGUGUUCAGCUACCAGAUACCCGGAAGCAAUUCCACUACGCAAAAUCACAUCCCGAGCAGUCGUUAAAGUUUUAACAAAGUUUUUUACCACAUUUGGUUUACCAAGAAUUGUCCAGACUGAUCAGGGGACUAAUUUUCUGUCUAAGUUGUGUGCUCAAGUUUUUAAGUCACUCAAUAUUACACAUCGCAUAGCCAGUGCCUAUCACCCAGAAAGUCAGGGGUCCUUGGAGAGGUUCCAUCAGACUUUAAAAGCAAUGCUUAGGAAAUACUGCCUCGAGACAGGGUCCGAGUGGGAUGAAGGUGUUCCCUUGCUUUUAUUUUCAAUUCGUGAAACAGUGCAGGAGUCCCUCAAGUUCAGCCCAUCAGAGCUGGUCUUUGGCCAUACUGUUAGAGGACCAUUGAAAGUCCUAAAAGAGAGGAUGUUAGGCAUUGAGGACUCUAAGAAAACAAACGUGUUAGACUAUGUUAGCAAAUUCCGUGAUCAACUUCAGAAAUCAUGUAUGCUGGCUCGUGAGACAUUGGCUAAAGCUCAAGGCAAGAUGAAAAUGUGGUAUGAUAAAUCUGCUGUCAACAGAUCUUUUGCAGUUGGCGAUCAGGUGCUGGUUCUACUUCCCGUUCCAGGGUCUGCAUUAACUGCACGGUUUUCAGGGCCUUAUGAGAUCUUGGAGAAGAGAGGAGAGACAGAUUAUGUAUUGCGUACACCAGAUAGGAGACGUCAGAAACGGGUAUGUCAUAUCAAUAUGUUAAAAGCUUACCAUACCAGAGAUGACAGGGAGUCACCUAAGGAGAAGGAAGACGAUUGUGUCCGUCCAGUAGGUGUGGCAUGUGACAAGAGCUCAUUUGCUGACGAUCAAGACAAUGCGGAAGGCUUAUUGGAGUUAGAUACCCCAUUGUUAUCUGCUAGAUUGUCUAAUUCUGAAACCCUAGCCAAUCUGUCAAGUUUCUUGGCACAUCUUAAUACCGAUCAGAGGGAUGAUAUCAUUAAACUCCUUAGCAAUUUUUCUUCUAUACUGGGGGACACUCCUACACUAACCAAUGUUUUACAGCAUGAUAUCAAUGUAGGGGAGGCCCAGCCGAUUAAGCAGCAUCCUUAUAGAGUUAACUUUAUUAAAAGAGCUGCAAUGAAGAAGGAAACUCAGUAUCUAUUAGAGAAAGGUUUAGCCAGUCCUAGUCUUAGUGCAUGGAGUUCGCCAUGUCUUUUGGUACAAAAGUCAGAUGGUACCGCACGCUUUUGUACAGACUACCGACGUGUCAAUGCUGUAACUGUCCCUGAUUGUUUCCCGAUGCCACGGAUAGAGGACUGUGUUGACAGCGUUGGUUCCGCCAAAUUUGUGAGUAAGCUGGAUUUGCUCAAGGGAUAUUGGCAAGUUCCAUUAACGCCCAGAGCAUCUGAAAUUUCAGCUUUUGUAACACCAGAUUGUUUUCUUCAGUACAGGGUUAUGGCGUUCGGCCUGCGAAAUGCCGCAGCCACUUUUCAGAGACUGGUUAAUUUGGUUCUUGCUGAUGUCCCGAAUUGUAACGCUUAUCUUGAUGAUAUUGUGGUUUAUUCACAGAGUUGGAGUGAGCAUGUAUCUCUUUUAGAGACUGUGUUCAAGCAUUUGCAGGAGGCUUCAUUGACUUUGAAUUUCUCCAAGUGUGAAAUCGGUAAGGCUACAGUGACUUACCUUGGUAAGCAGGUGGGGUAUGGUCAAGUACGUCCGGUGAUGGCCAAAAUUUCAGCGAUAAAUGACUUUCCAGUACCUAAGACCCGACGUGAGCUACGUAGAUUCCUGGGCAUGGCCGGUUUCUAUCGGUGUUUUUGUCGCAAUUUCUCCUCCGUUGCUGCACCAUUAACUACUUUACUCAGUCCUUCAGAACAUUUUGUCUGGUCAACUGAUUGUCAAACAGCAUUUGAAAAUAUUAAAGUGUUGCUGUGUAGUAAGCCUGUUCUGUCUGCUCCAAAUUUCUCCUUGGCGUUCAAACUGGAGGUGGAUGCGAGUGAUUUAGGAGCUGGUGCCGUACUCAUACAAGAGGAUAAGGAUGGAAUCGAUCACCCGGUCUGUUAUUUCUCUAAGAAGUUUAAUAGAAGUCAACGGAACUAUUCAACGAUAGAGAAGGAGGCUUUGGCUUUGCUGUUGGCAAUCCAACACUUCGAGGUUUACGUUGGUUCUUCUGUAUUUCCUGUGACUGUUUAUACAGACCACAACCCUUUAACUUUUAUUUCACGUAUGCGUAACCAGAACCAAAGGUUGAUGAGGUGGUCCCUUAUUUUUCAGAACUACAAUCUUGAGAUCCGGUACAAGAAGGGUACAGAUAAUGUCGUGGCAGACGCUCUGUCUCGGGUCUAAGGAAGAGUACCUACUGGUAUAGGUUGGUUCUAUCAAACAUGUGUAUGUUUGUUUUUUAAGGGUGGGGGUGUUACGUCCCGUAGCGUCUCUCUCUCUCUCUCUCUCUCUCUCUCUCUCUCCUUCACUGUCACUUGUUACAGGUCCCGUAAUUGGAUGACGUCGCGGCCAGUCAUCGGAGUCUCGCGACAUCCCGAGAACCAAUGAGACGCUAGUGGGCGCGUAUAAAGACCCGGAUGCGACACGAGCGCGGGAGAAGCGUUUGCUUUGUUUUGUUUGCUCUCCUGCGUUUGCUGUCGUGUUUUUGCUCUUGUUUAGUUUGAUUUGUUUAUUGUGUGUUUUCUUCACUUGAAACUGUGUUCAUCAUGCCCUACUACUGAUACUGUGAUUAUGGCGUGACUCGACUCUUGAUUUGUCAGAGUUUGUUCAAGUCCUUCUCCGAUACAUAGUGAUGGGACCAGGUUAGUAUGUCACGUGACUUACACCUCGCAACACGUAGAGUAAAGUUGUUUAAACACACUAGUUUAGGAGCGGGUGCCAAUUUAUGUAUUUAUGUUUGUUAGUUAGUGUAGAUAGCGGUGUUCUACACUGAAGAUGUUAUUUUCCUUGCUUUCUUUUGAUUAGUUUAGAAUUUGUUGGGGUUUAGUUAACUUGUUUUGUUUUAUUGAUUUUUUUUGUUUUAGCACCGCUCUCGUCCCUCGCUUUGUUAUCGUUUAUUUUACUUUUGUACAUAAUUUGUAAAUAGGUAUUUGUUUGUUUUGGAUGUAUGUUUGGUUCACUGCUUAUUGUAUCAUUGGUGUUUUGUUACAUUGAAUUAUUUUUCCCUUACUAAAAGCAACUACAAAUUUA